AUGACUGAAGCUUCGAGUGGCCAAGUGAGAACCUCGUCGUGCAUAUGGGCGAGCUACGUGACGCUGCAUGGUGAAACGUACGUGUCCGCUCUGAACAACGAACCGGCAGAGGAACUUGUAUACAAUACCGAGAUGAUGUCGAUAGUUGACGUCAUGUACAUUGCACGUGGUCGUCUGGGCGUGAAGAAGGUAGUAUUCGCUUGCUUAAAGGAAACUCUGGAAAUCGAAAGCUGCCCUUGGGACUGGCGGCAAACCCUUUCGCUCGGGACUCAAAAUUCGCAACUUGCGGACCGACCAGCAUGGGAAUUCCAACUCCCAUUGUGGUCGGCCCCGUUUUAUCGACCAGGGCUGAUGCGAUAUUCUCUAUACCCAUCGUCGGGGCCAGCUAGAUACAACCGUCUUACGAUUAACGACACGGGCACGACGGGCUACUCGGUGGCAUGGAACCCUGCCCGCCGAGCGCUUCGCAUCGCCAGGCACACGGCCGUGGACGAGGUGUCUUGCUACGCCAACAUGGGGGACGACGCCACUGCAUGGCUGCACAUUCCAAUCAGUCGCGGCGAGCUCCUCGCCGAGCUGUGGCGUCGUGAUUGCUACCUGUAUCGCCGAAAUAUAGUUGAUUCAAUCGUGGUGACGACAGCCGGCCGCGUACAUGUAUUAGGACAUCAUCCAACGCCAGGUCAAGCGUACACGUAUUCCCGUGUGGCAAAACUUCGAAGGCAAAGGGAUUACCUCUUCAUCGACGACGCGGCGGGAAUACGCGAACUGGCUCUGACUCCAGGACCAGAAGAAGCCAAUGAGACACGUAACUUGCGCAAACCGGCGCCUGAAUCGUGCUACCCGGCGAUAACGUCAGUCAAGAGCUAUUUUUAUACGUUUGCGCCUCUUGAGAACCUCGACUUGAUCAAGACGUGCAGUUUUGACGGCGUUGUUACGGGCUUGCUUUUCCAGUACCACGACGGCUCGCGAGCAAGUGUGGGGCAGGUCAGACUGGACUGGUUAGGACAGGAGCAACAAGUGCCUCACAAAGCAACCAUCGGAUUCGCCAUGUCACGAACGGCUGAUCAAUGCCCGUAUGUCGGCAGUGUCCUGGUGUGCGUGGCGCCUUUGGCGAGGAACUUGCUUCCCGCCAAAUCAGACUUGGACUUUGAGGUUACCUGUUGUGGCAAACUGGAAUGGUGGUUCACGAGACGGCAGUGUCAGCUCGCACAUGGGGCGUACACCAGUCCAUCAACACGACUGUAA